AUGCUGUUUGACAUAGUCUACUUCUCUUUGCUAGUUAGCAUCUAUGCUUUUUCACCACCUAACCUCCAGUCGGACAAGGAGACGCAGCAUGAUCCCAAUAUUGGUGAUUUUGUGGAGCUGAAUCCGGGAGACGAAAUACAUUUGACAUGUUCUGAUGUUAUGAAUGAACCUAUUGAAUUUCUGCUACCAAAUCUUAACGAUAGUCAGGGCCAUUCUGAAGAGGAUUUUAAAUCUCGCUACAGGAUUGAAGACCUCUCUUACGGGCACGUUCUUCACCUCUCUGAUGUAAAGGUAAGGUUUUGCGUGAUCUUCUGCACUUGCAUUUUCCAUCUUUCUGUAUACGGUGGUCAUGCACUAGUAUAG